AUGUUUUGUCAAGGACAUAGAGUCGAAUGGGUCUCUUGGGUAUCACCAAUAUCUGCGCAAUUGCUUAUGAAUCCGAACUGCAAAAUUCAAUUGAUUGAGGUCGACGCUACCUUCCCAAUUGUAGAUUAUAUUUUAAUAGUCCCUCAAAUAGUUAUUUAUAAUACAGGGAUUCCUAUGGGCUUCUAUGUUGGUCCAUCCGAAAACGCAGAAGCUUACAAACUGUUUUUUGCCUCUUUAGAAAAAUCUGGUGUUACAAUCGAAAGAAUCAGAGAAAUUCCAUUCCUUGGUGAUUUAGGAACUGGAAUUAAAAAGUUUGCAAAAGAUAAAGAAUUAAUCAUAUGGGCUUGUAUACGCCAUGUGCUAAAUCUACUGUCUGAGGGAAGCAUGGUGGAUGGCAUGAUCGAGGAUACAAUCAGAGCCAUAA